GACUGGAAAUAGAUGGCCUAAGGAGGCUAUUGUUAUUUUCAUUUCAUUCUAAAUUUCCCAGUAUAUGUCACUUUCCCCAUUUUACUUCGAAAAUCAUUACAGACAGUUUUUUAAUUCCUAGAACAACGGACUAACAUCGAGAAAACACUCAGCUAGCGCUUUGAAAAUGUACAAUACCCCAGUGACUGAAUCCCGUGCCAAUGAGCCUGACGAGGCUGAUGCAACUGCAAUGCCUGACGAUGGCGUCGAAUUGAAUCUCAAUACUCCGGGUCCUGUUUUGAAACUCCAGCCAUGCGAAGGCACUGGUCUGGGACAGGAUGGGCAAGUGCAUGCUGCGGGCUCCCUGGCAACCGCAUUGACGCCAUCCUUUGAAGUACCCACCUGGCCACUCAAUAAUCUUUUUCCCUCCAUCGACAUAAUCGAGAGUUUGCGCAAGCAGAGUGAGGUAAAGGACCUUCCGUCGUUCCAGCGUAGUCUCGGGGAUUUUCAAUUCGCCGCCGGACUGGACCCAUCGUCAGACUUAGGCUCUGAGUUUCAAUCGAAAUUCGGUUUCCCAACUCCCUACUUUAUUCCCGAGUUGGAAAUGCUGUGUGCUGACUGGGCGCAGGAUAAGCUCACGAAUGGGUUCGAAAUAACAAGUGCUUCUGCCAUCGAAGCACCCAAAGCCACUGCUGUUGAAGAAUCAAAUUUGCCAGGGAUCGAAGACUCUACUCCACACAAGAGCGAAGAAGAAUGUAUUUCAGGAAUUCAGGAAACAAAUCCUCCCCAAAUCGAAAUCGAAGAAAUGGAAUCUCCAAAAGUCGAGGCAAUUAAUUCAUCGAAGUGCGAGGAUGUUACUUUGACAAUAGUUGAGGAAAUUAAUUUACCAAAACUUGAGGAAUAUAAUUUGCCAGAAAUAGAAGAAAUUAAUUUAACAAAAAUUGAGGAAAUUAAUCAACCAAAAAUAGAGGAUAAUAUUUCAUUCAAGCCUGAGGAGAUAGAUCUUCCCCAAAUCGAGGAAAAGGAUUUAUCCACAAUCUAUGAGUCUACUGUAGCCGAGAUCCUGCCUCCGAUUUCCCCUCAUGUCCAUGAACCAGAGCCAGUUUUGUUACCAGCUAUGUUACCAGAGAAAAGGAUCUUGAUCUCACAUCCUUUGCCGCCACAAAACAGUGAAAUUUGUGCGGUAGUAGUAGAGAAAUCAAAGCCUCCUCCAAGAACGGGCUUUAUUAGAUCCUUUGUUGGAAGCAACCUGUUGUGGAAGCCAAGUAUACGCCUUUCCUUUGGCGAUCGCAGGACGAGCAAACAGAAUAAUUGCGAUUCAAAGGAGGCCAUCAAGCAGGACACCUGCGUGGCCCUGAAGGCUCUAAUAUUAAGCAUUAAAUUGUCGAAAAAAAUUGAGACGUCUAUGUUGGACUCAAUCAAGUUAAAUCAGAAGAGGCAAUUGGAAGUGGAUAAGAUCAGGAGUUCCCUAAUUUAUAGCAAGGUAUUCAGGCAGGACAUUUUUCAGCUCAACGCAACGGCCGAAAAUCUAAAGGAGGAGAAUUGCAAAUGCUGUGGGGAUGUUUCCAGCACCAUGCCGGUUCUUAAACAUCCGGAAAAGACCGACAUUUAUCGCAUAGAUGCCAGCGAAGGAUUAUCCUGUCGCGGCCUUAGUGUUAGCAAGGACUCAGUGUUCAGUGAGUCCUGCGAAAGCGACGAUUCAUUCAUCAACGACAACAAGGAUGCAAUGUCAUCUCCGCGUAUGGCUAUUGCCAUGAUCGAUCCCCGGCAUGUCGAGAAGAUGGGAAGAAGGAUGUUCAGUCAGUAUGUAAAGCUUUAUUGUUUCAAUAGCUUAAAGGAGUGGACGAGGCAAGGCGAGGGCCGGAUCGAGAUCUGGGACUUUCGACGCAAAUUCUACAUUAUCCUUCGCGACAAAGACGAGGCCGAGCUACUGCUCCAUAUGCGGGUGGAGGAGCAAUGGACCAUCGACUACAUGUCCAACAACUCGUACAGUUGCCGCUGGACCAACUUCAACUACGCCGCCAGUCGGGAUGGCGUCCUGGAGAGGAUCGCCUGCACCUUCCGGCAGCCCAGUCAUGCCGCCGAGUUCGUCGCCCGGAUACGUAACUGCGCCAUCCGUUCCCGCCCGGAGUAGAAGUAUCGAGCACUAUCCCGAUUACUGUUUUAAAAAUCCUUCGCAUUCUUCGUUUACCGGCAGUCUUCCAGUUUCUGCAUUCCGUGAUUGAAAUUCUUUCGUUUUGAGUUGAAGGACACCCCGACCACACCAAUCUUUCGAUAAAUUAUUGUAAUAAAUUUCACUAUAUUUUGUAAACAAUGAAAAAUUCAUUUUAUCGAAAUUUUACUAAAUUAAAUAAAGAUAUUGUAUAUUUUUAUUUGAA